AAAAAACACAAGGUUGAGUAUGUGAAGUGUCCGAAACAGAAAAAGGGCAAGUUUUCGAAGCUAAUUGUCGAUGAAAUCCGAGCCCGGGAUCCUCCCGGUCGCUUUCUGAAACAGGACAAAGACACGAAACUAUGGUACGACAUUGGGGAGAAGAAAGCCUUAGAUAAAACACGGCAGGCACUUCGAGAGGGGGCACCCGAGAUCAUGAACAACGAAAAACAGGAUAACGGUGAAAAAGCAGCUGCUUCAGUKAAUCAGGUACGAAUAACGUCUGUCCGACCACCCGAAUUUCUAAACAGAACAAAAAAUCUUCYCAGUUCUCACAAAYAUUUUUCAUUCUUGUCUAUUUUCGCUACGAUCCUCAAGACGGCUACAACWGAACAACAGCAGCUAGAUAACAGCGAAUAUAAUAUGYUACAGCAAUCGAUUAUGAGUAUCGGGACUGAUUCUUUUUCACAGGGCGGUAUGAUGUCACAGAAUACCUUCAACGGUAUGGGUGGUAAUAGCAACAAUUUGUCUGGAGGAAUGCUGUCCGCUCCGCUUUACGAGUCUCCAGUAGGAAACGACAGGCAUUCUUCAUCGAACGACAAUAUGCUCGGAAAUCGAACGAAUGSCAUAGAUCUGUCUCAAAUGAUUCCACCGCCACAAAUCCACGAACCGAAUAUUAAUAUGAUGCAGCAACAGCAAAUGCUACUAMGAGAACAGGAGCAGCAGCUUCAACGUGAACAGGAACGAAAAUGGCAGGAACUGAAAUUGUUGCAGCAGCAACAACUAAAAGCKCAAUUGCACCAGUCGCAGCGCCGCCAAUUCAMUUCCCAACAGCAAGAAGAAAUUCUUAGAAAUGCAACGGCCGUGAUGGCGGCCGAUAUCAACUAUCCUCAAAACAAUAAUAUGAACUUCCAGCAUCAACCCACAACAAUGCACAUGGAUAAUCUUAGGAURAAUAGAYUCACGGAGAAGCGAAAACUUUUGGAAGAACRAGUUCUUCAGCRACAGCAACUCGAGAUGUUUGAGAUGAAAAAGYUUCAAAAUCAACAAAAACUAAACGAGCUWARGCAAMMGCAGCAUCAACAUCAACAACUGCAACAGCAAAUGCAGCAUCAACAGGAACAACUUUCAUCUUCUGAAAUAAGGGGGGCUCUUCAAAGUAGAUUGAAUGCAGUKUAUGCUGGAACCGACGCCUAUGAACCUAUGCCAAUAGGUGCUCCGUCGGCCCAACCUGCAGCGGAAGGCACUUUAAGUGGUGGGAACCAUUCCGACGGUUCAUCACCACGACGGAGGGGACCGGGUCUAGUGCGAGAGAAUAGCCUGAAAAUGGAAAGCAUAUUCGAGAACGAUGGCGAUAGCGAUGGCGAUUACACGCGUCGCGGCAGCAGCGGCAACACGAGCGGUGGCAGCAGCAACAAAAAAUACAACGCCAGCAUCAUGUCGGGAAUGUCGAUGUCUGCAACCAGUCUAUCUAUGGGAUUCGAAGAGGAGAGCCAGCUCAGUGCCCUCUUCGAUACUUCCAUGAAACUCAAUCACACCGCCGCCCUGAAUGAUACAGGUGCUCCUUCCAAAGUGAAAGGGCCCGGGAGGCACAACGAAACAAAGAGCAACCAAUCUCUUCUCGGAAUGAGCCUAGGAAUGAGCCUCGGAACGAUUCCAGGCGAAAAAUCCAGCAGUAGUAGUAUGAGCACCGAUAGUUUCGCACACCUUGGAGACUCCCAAUUCCGAUAAUUUCUGCGAGAUGGACACGGUAUCCUUUAAUUUCCGAAUUGAGGAUUGUUAUCACUAUUUUCMUGUUCUCGUUGCAAUGGACGUACUUCUCGAAACAAGAGUGAGCGGCUCACGUUAAUUAUGAGUGUUUCCUUUUCGCCUAAAUGUUGUAUAUCUCCUAUAGAAAGUUUUGAAAUAGAAUCGCUCUUUAUGU